AUGUCCGUGCUCAUCAGGGAUCAUGGCAAUCGCGAGCAACACUGGCUGUGGCUCCACAGUUGGUGCGCAGCACGGCAGCUAGCACCCACCCGCAUAGUGGAAGCCCCGUCGCUACGUAAGGACCCAUGUGGCAGCUGCCUCACAAUCGGUUCUGCUCCUAUCCCUGAUCUCGCCACCCUGACCAAGCUAGGCUUGGGCGCCCUGACCUUCAACACGGCACUCGCCAUCUACAACUCCUGGGGCGACGCCGGCUCCGUGGCGUUCGUGCUCGCCGCGGACGCCGCGCUCGUGCUGCUCUUCCUCUGCUUCCGUGAGUUUGAGCGGGGCGGCAGGGGCAGGGAUGCCAAGAUCAAGGCCGCCGUUCGCGACCAUGUUCGCCUCGAGGGUGGCGCCAGUCAUGCCGCCGCCAGUGGCCGACCAAGGAUAUUCCACAUUUCCACCCUGACCAAGCUAGGCUUGGGCGCCCUGACCUUCAACUCGGCACUAGCCAUCUACAACUCCUGGGGCGACGCCGGCUCCGUGGCGUUCGUGCUCGCCGCGGACGCCGCGUUCGUGCUGCUCUUCCUCUGCCUCCGUGAGUUUGAGCGGGGCGGCAGGGGCAGGGAUGCCAAGAUCAAGGCCGCCGUGUGGGCGCUCACCACGCUGCUGACGGCCAUGUUCGCCUCGAGGGUGGCGCCGCUCAUGCCGCCGCCGGUGGCCGCGGUGGUCUGGCUCUUGGCCGUCGCCACGGCCGCAGGAGGGUUCUGGGCGUUUUUCCUUAAUUGA